GAAUCAAUGAAAAGAAGAAGACUCAUAAAAAAACAAACAAAAAACAUUUUUUAUCUGUUGCUUUCAAGUUCCACUGCACUUCGUUGCAUGAAUGGAAUGUUGGAACGUUAUCUGGUAGUCAAUUAUCAUCGAACUCUACACAAAAACGGAAUUGAAUAUGGCUAGCAACUACGAACGAGAAAAAAUUUUCAAGUCUUGGUCUGGGAUUAGUGAGCUGGCUCUCAUCAAGGAGGUGGCCACCAAAGGUGAACACGUCGACUUGUGUAUUUCGUAUUGGGCUAAAAAAAGGAAAAUGCCUGUUAAUGAUUACGAGCUGUUUUUCCACGAUAUCGUCCAGACGUAUGUGGCACGACUUUUAAAUGAACGAUUAGUGUGCAAAGCUGAAAUAGUCCUUCGUAAUGUCCAUCGGGAUGUAAAGUGUUUCUACUAUCAGUUUGCGUGUGAAUGCAAUGACCCAGAAUUAAGCGAAUUACUAAUAGAUCAUUUGCGAAAAAUUGAACUACAAAACUUUGAGGGCGAAAUGCAAAAUUUGCAACUUCAUUGGAACCUUUUGGAAAAGCUAAAGAAAUCCGAUGCAAUAAUGAUGGAUGUAAAGAAACAUAUGAGGCGAGUAAAUUUGGAAUCGCUGAUGGCGUUAGAUACUGCAACAAAACAACACAUAAUGAUAUCGUUGUAUUUUGAGAGUCGCAAUGAAAGCUUGUUGCAGUACAUCAACAAAUUUGUUAUGUGGAAUUUUCUAAUAGAAACAAAACAAAUUGAUGAGAUAAUUUCUUGGUGUAAUUUACAGCAAUCGAACUAUAGCGCAUUUCCGUUCACCACAAGUCUUUCUGCCUUGGAACAUAAGUAUACAGAGUGGUCCAUUGAAGCGGAAAUGUACGAAUAUGCUAUUCGUUCCCUUAGCAGCCAAAACGAUGAAGUACUACGUAAUUUAUUUGCAUCAGCUGGAUAUUUUUUCGCUGACGAAAGAAAUCAAGUAGAAACGAUAUUGCAAAGAAUCUGCGUUAGCAAUAGCAUAACUAAAAAUCGGGAGUACAUCAGGUCAUUAAAAAUGGGUCGUUUUAUUUAUGAACGAGGAUUAUAUCACCUGCUUUUGAAUGACUUUGUUACUGCUCGGCAAUUGGAAGAAAUGCUUGAAAGUGUCGACGAAAAUGGGACCCUCCUUAAUCUUAUAAUUACUCUCAAAUCAAAUGAACUAGAAGAUUUGGAAGGUUUUAAAAAGAUUGUCCAUCACACCUCGAAGUAUAUGGAAGAUAUUAGUUCAAAUGAUUGUGAUAAAUGGACAUUGGCUACACUUUUUGAGUUUCUCACGAACCAACCAACUUUGGCUAACCUACACUGCUCCAUAGCAUCGGGCAUUUUGAAAUCAUUGACAUAUCUCAAAGUUGUAUUGUAUCACGAAAAUAAUAACGCUGCUGUCAAUCCACAGAGUAUCCCUACAAUUUAUGAUCUAAUAAAAACAUUCAAAGGAAUCGAUGUAAAUCGCUUGUGCCGGGACGCAAAUACCUUCAGCAAAGUACCGAUUGCUGAGGGGGAGAUGAAUAAAAACAAUCAUCGCUUAAACUUCGUACAUUAUAUAAAACAAUCGAGAAGUGCCUAUGCAAUUUAUCUGAUGUUAAUUGAACAGUUACAAAACUAUGCCCAAAUUACAAAAACUCAUUUGCUUACGACUUGUGAAAGUGUUUACGAGUUGGCAUUACAGACACCCAUCGCCGAUUCGGAUGUUAUUAGUCAUUGUAUUGCGUUUUGUGAAAUGCUUGGUUUCGAUACUCAGCAACUGAGAUGUAUUCUGAGACUGCGCCAGUGCUUACAGCAUGCACACUAUCCGAACGUGUGCCCUGACAAGAAAGAUCUAAAAUCGGUCAUAAACGAAGCUGAACGUUUACUGUUGGAUAAAUUGGCAAACGGCGAUGACACACAAAUAUUCCCUCUCAUUGAGUACAGUACAAUCAUGGCAUGUAAAGCUAUUGUCCCACACAACAGUGCCAUUUUUGAAGACAAUGGAUCCCUGAUAAUGCAACGUUAUGCUAGUAAAAGUGACUAUUGGCACUUGUUAGUGUUAUUGCACUAUUUUGAAAUACCAUUGGAACAGAUCAAAUUGUUGGGGAAAUAUUUCAAAAAUUCUCCAAUGGGGGAUCAUUUGUUGAGGGCAUUAUCCUCAUUCUCGAGCAGCAAUUUGGAGGGGAAUUCAAUGAAGCGACGUUCCAGCCUUACAAAACGUCAAUUACAAACAAACAGACAAAAGAAGACAGCGGGAGAUAGACGAGCCAUAAACACUUCAGUGGAAACAUUAACAUCCUCCAUGGCGUCUGGAAAUGAACUUCCAGGCGCUCCGAGUUCUUCGAUGACCCAAAGCGCACAUAUAUUUGCAGAUUGUACCAAUGGUAGUCCCGAUAUUUUCGCCUUGAUCCUUAUGAAUAUGAGUUCUUCCGAUCCACGUAUUGAACCUGAUUUGGAUGUGACUUCGUUUUUGCAACAACUACAAAAUAAAAACGAUGAGCCCAUCUCAGCUAUUGUCAAGUUUCUAAGAACCUCAAUAGCGCAACAGUUGCCCAUAAUGGCUGUGAUGGCUGCUUCGAUAGCUUCCGCUGAUUUCAAUUCAACUCAUGUAGAAUGGUGUUGGUUGGUGUGGUUGGGAGUCACAACAGAUCAAUGGAACAAUCUUGUACGAUUCUCCCAUAACGUACAGGAAUUUCCCUGGAAUCUAAUAGACCAUUUAAUUUCACAAAAUCAUAUUACCGCCCUUGUCCGGAGCUUUGAAAUUUUCUUUCCAGAUAACGGGCUUAUUCAUCUCUUCCGUUUCCUACAAUUGUCAACCCAAAAUGAAUUUGGUGACGCAAAUGUCCAUGAACUGCGUCUUUAUUGUUUAGCAUGGAGUAAUGAAGAAAUUCGCUUGCCCUUGAACUUUCGACCUCAACGUGAGAAACUGAUGAAGCGCACCAUACGUCUCUUGUUGUUGCACACGCAGAGCAACUUUGAAUCUGCCGUGGAUCAACUUAAAUUUUUAAAUUGUGUUUGCAAAUCGGGUUUAAGCGACAUUACGGGACAGCUGGACUUCUGCCUUUUAAAACAAUUCUGUGAUAUUCUAAUGUCGUUCAAUGGGUCAAUGGCUCAACGUUUCCCCUUGAACUUCAUCCAACUUUUGACUGGCGAACAUAGUGAUGUUAAGGAAUAUGAGCGGAUUCUCAACUGCGUUUUGGCCGCCAGGGAAUAUGAUACCGCAGUACGCUUAGCGUCUCUACUACACAAGCCCAUAAGUGAUAUAAUCUAUAGCAAAUGGGUUACUUCCUUGGAAUGUCAAUUGGAAGUGCCUUCGCCAGAUAACUUUGAUAAUUAUGUGUUUCCAUUUAACCAAUAUGAAAGCGAAGUAGCUGCUCAUUCUUUACCGCCCGAAACAUUGGUCAACUUCUUGCUUUAUGCAUCAGUUCAUUUGCCGGUGCACGCUUACAAAUCACGUUAUACGGUUUUGCAAAAAGCUUUAAAUGUUAUCAAACAUCAUCGCCUGUUUCCUAAUGAAUCUUUCGACCGCGACCAAAUCGAAUACGACAUGAUUGUUAAUUAUCUAUUGUUGGACGAAGGUGGUACCGUCGAUCUGACGUUAUAUCAUUCCGAAUAUUAUGAAGAAAUCAUGUUGUCCGAAAGAAGGGUGCUGUACAAAACAUUUUUGGAGCUCAAAGAAUUAGCAGGAAUUGAAGAUUUGAAUAUAAGCAAUAAAAUUGAAUUGAACGAAGUGCAGGUCAGACGCUUAGAAGACUUGUUGCAUCGAUUACUCGAUGAGGGAGAUGUUGUUGAGGCCUUGCGACUUCAGGAGUUGUUCGAUAUACGGCCUUUGGAUUUACGUUUCAUAGUCUUUUGUAUGGCAUUGGCAGAGUCCAUGUCGACGGUGUAUUGUAUGUCCGCAGAUGAACGUCAAUUGUUGAGUGAAAUUGAGCGUUCUUCUUUCUCCAAGUUUACCAAAAGAACGCUUUGCUCGACGCCAGGCGCUGCUGGCGGUGCAGGUGCUGGUGCCUAUUUAUCUGAUAGUUGUUCUACUCUAGAAUUCGAAGAGAUUCCUUCAAAGGAAAAACAAGAAACAUUAACAAUAUUGCAGGGUAUUGCAUCGAAACUCAAAUAUGGGGUGAAUAUAGCAAGACGCAUCAUCAGCUGUUACAGGGCCGCCAUGUAUCUGGACAAGGAAUAUAUUGACGUUUUGCGCACCAAAGAUGUUCAUAUAUUGCUGCAAAGUAUAGCCGAAGAGGGUUGUCUGCAUCGUCUACUAGUGGUCAGCGAUAUCUUAACAUCAACGCAUAUGGAACCGAAAGAAAUAGCUGAACUAUUGGCAUUUGAAAUUACUACCGCUAUUGUGAGGCCGCGAUUUUAUAUAUUUAGUCCUGAUCAACAGGCAAAGACAUCGUUUCGUAAUGCCGACUUAUGGGGAUAUAAUAUUGAUCGUGAUCUACAUUUGUUUUUGGAAUUGACUCCGGAUCGUACGCAGCUCGGUGCAUGUCUAUUGGAGUAUUGUGAUGCUCUCAAGGCCUACCGUAAAUAUCAGGACAAUAAACCAUACAAUUCCAAUAUCUAUUUUGAUCGUCUGGCGGAAAUAAUUGCCCGCUAUGGACUGCCAAACAACAGUGGUAACGUCAAUAGCAUAAAUGCCUCAGAAAUAACAUCCAGUGCGUUGAAUCAAACACAUCCACCUCAAGUCCUUUCCCAUAAAAAGCAGAACAUUAUUUAUGUGGAACUACUAAUUAAAGCUCACCAAGCCUUUGUGCACGAAUGUUCAAUGGAAGGAAUCGCAAAUGUCCUAAAUCGUGCCAAAGCCUUAAAUAAUAUUCUUGCUCAGGCUAAAUCUUGGUCAUUGAUAGUACGUAUGUUGACCGGAAUUGGGCGCUAUCGGGAGAUGUAUUUUUGUUUUGAUACAUUAAUUGAAAACGAACAGUUCGAAUCUCUACUUGGGCAGUUCGACGAAGAAAAGACAAUUACUUUGCGACAAGCGAUUUUGGCAUAUCUACGGGAAUAUUGUGCACCACAACAGGGAAAGGAACUAUUCAAAUUAGCCGCCUUACACUUCUUGAUGUAUAAGGAUCUUGCCGAAUUGUGGAAUCAAGAUGCUGAAGAAAUUCAAGUAAAUGUCUACAAUACGUCAAGUCUAUCCGACGAGUGCGAUAACGUGAAACUAAUCUGUAGUUCUGAUGUAACUAUUCAACUGAAUAAAUCACUCGAAUAUUUUGUGCAUGCCGCAGAAAAUUACCUGCAGGAUACCAAAUUGUUACUGGCACAAAAAAGUGCUGCCAAGGCUGAAUUGACAGCAAUGCAAAUUGACUUGGUCACCAAGGGACUUGAAAAACCGUCAUCUCCUUCGGGUAAUCAUCUGUGCCCAUGUGUAAUACAAUUAAAAUCUCGCCAACAAUUUAAAAAUUUAGUCAACGACGAGUUAAGUGUGUCACAAUCCUUGAUACUUAGUCGUGCCUAUGGCUACGAUAUCAAUUGGUCAGAGGCACUUCUCUCCCAAUACAUAAUUCUAACAAAUAAAUCAUAUUUUAUUGAUUUUCUCCAACAAAUUGAUAUUACUGAUGAUAUUAUAGAAAACGUUGUCAAAGGAUUUCAAGUGUAUGGAAAACAGAAUCGUAUAACCAAACAAAUGGAUGAAAAUAUUUCUCAACUGAUUGAAAUGGUUUCGUCGAUUACACUCAAAUAUAAAUUGGCAUCAUUACUCACCUUAAAAUCAACUAUAUUAUCCUUAAUUAAUAAUGAGAGUAUACACUAUUUAAGGGACAUGAAAUUUGGUCGCCGAAAGGAACAUCGGAAUAAAUGAGAUCAACAAUGUUUCUGUAUUUUUGCCAACGAUUGUAGAAGUUAAUACCCACAUACAUAUUUGUUAUUUUAUAUUAUUGUUAUAAAAAAACUUUCGUAAUAUACAUAUAUUAAAAAAACAUUUAUUUACACCAAA